GGUGAACCUUGGCGCCGGGCCUCGCUGCUGCUCCUUCAGGCCGCUCCGUUUCGGGUCUGUCGGAGGAAAGUGCCCUCGCUGCCUCGCCUUUGUUUCCACAUCGGGGUUUGGCGGCCCUCGGUCGUCGGGAUGGCUCCAGCACGCGUGUGGCCGCUGCUGCCCCUCCUCCUGCUGGCUUCCCUGCCUGCGCACUUGGAUUCGUUGGCUGUGAUGUCAGUGGACAUGGGUAGCGAAUCUAUGAAGAUCGCCAUUGUGAAGCCUGGGGUGCCAAUGGAAAUUGUCUUAAACAAGGAAUCUCGGAGAAAAACACCAGUGGCUGUAACUCUAAAGGAGAAUGAGCGCCUCUUUGGUGACAAUGCCGUGGGAAUGGGCAUCAAGAACCCAAAAGUGGCUUUCCGGUAUUUCCAGGAUCUCCUGGGCAAGCGCAUUGAUAACCCACAAGUGACCACGUACCAGUCAAGGUUCCCAGAACAUGAGCUGGUAAAAGAUGCAAGGAGGGAGACAGUCACUUUCAAGCUGUCAGACAAAUUGCAGUAUACUCCAGAAGAGAUCCUGGGCAUGGUGCUCAACUAUUCUCGGGCACUGGCAGAGGAAUUUGCAGAACAGCCUGUCAAGGAUGCUGUGAUCACUGUCCCUGCCUACUUCAACCAGGCGGAGAGGAGAGCGGUCUUGCAUGCAGCAAAAAUGGCAGAUCUCAAGGUUUUGCAGCUCAUCAAUGAUAACACAGCUGUGGCUUUGAACUAUGGGGUGUUCCGAAGGAAGGACAUCAAUGCUACAGCCCAGAAUAUUAUGUUUUAUGACAUGGGAGCAGGCAGCACUGUGUGUACCAUCGUGACUUACCAAGCAGUGAAAACCAAGGACUCAGGAACCCAGCCUCAGCUUCAGAUUCGGGGUGUUGGAUUUGAUCGCACACUGGGAGGGCUGGAGAUGGAGCUGCGCCUCCGUGACCAUCUGGCCAAACUCUUCAAUCAGCAACAUCCAUCAAAGGAUGUCCGGAAAAACCUCCGGGCCAUGGCCAAGCUGCUAAAGGAAGCUAAUCGCGUGAAAACAGUACUAAGUGCCAAUGCUGACCAUGUGGCCCAGAUCGAGGGCUUGCUGGAUGACAUUGACUUCAAGGCCAAAGUUUCACGGCAGGAAUUGGAGGAGCUGUGCUCUGAUUUGUUCCAGCGGGUCGCUGGACCUGUGCAGCAGGCGGUCAGCAGUGCUGAGAUCGGUUUAAAUGAAAUUGACCAGGUGAUCCUUGUUGGUGGUGCCACUCGCGUCCCAAAGGUGCAGGAAUUUCUGCUAAAGGCAGUUGGCAAGGAUGAGCUGGGCAAGAACAUCAAUGCAGAUGAAGCAGCUGCAAUGGGCGCCGUCUACCAAGCAGCUGCCUUGAGCAAAGCCUUUAAGGUGAAGCCUUUCAUUGUCCGUGAUGCAGCUGUUUUCCCCAUCCAGGUUGAAUUCACCCGUGAGGUAGAAGAGGAGGAUAAAUCCAAGAGCCUUAAGCACAACCGGCGGAUCCUGUUCCAGCGCAUGGCUCCGUAUCCCCAACGGAAGGUCAUCACCUUCAACCGAUACACAGAUGACUUUGAGUUCCACGUCAACUACGCAGAUAUGGGCUUCCUGGGUGACAGUGACUUGAAAGCUUUUGGGUCCUUGAAUCUCACAAGGGUGAAGCUGCAAGGAGUGGGCGAGAGCUUCAAGAAACAUUUGGAUUACGAGUCCAAAGGCAUCAAGGCUCAUUUCAACAUGGACGAGAGUGGUGUGCUGAACCUCGAUCGUGUAGAAUCUGUGUUUGAGACUCUGGUGGAGGACAAGCCAGAGGAGGAAUCCACGCUAACAAAGCUUGGGAACACCAUCUCCAGUCUCUUUGGAGGAGGAAGCACUGUGCCAGAAGCUUCUGAAAACUUGACUGAGACUGUUCAGGAGGAAGAGGAGAGCCAAGCGGAAGUGGGUAAGGAGGACCAGAAGGAUGACAGUGGGGCUGCUAGUGAGGAGGAAGAAAAGCAGCCAACACCAUCCCCAUCUCAGGAAAAAGCUGCUGAAGAUGCUUCAGCUGAGGACCAACAAGAGGAAGGUAGAGAGAAAUCGGACUCCCAGGAAGCCCAAGAGAAGACAGAUACUGGGAAGGAUGAGGAGCCUACAAAGAGCCCUGAGGGCAAUGAUGCCAAAGCAGCCGAGGACGAGGAGAAAAAGCUGAAGCCGCCAAAGAAACAAAAGCUGGUGGAGGAGAUUGCUGUGGAGCUGGAUGUGAAUGAUGUGCCAGAUUUGCUGCCAGAAGAAUUGCAGGACUCCGUUAAGAAGUUGCAAGAAUUGACUGAAAGAGACAUAGCAAAGCAUGAGAGGGAAAAGUCGGCCAAUGGCCUUGAGGCCUUCAUCUUUGAGACUCAGGAUAAGCUACAUCAGGAGGAGUAUAAGUUUGUUUCAACAGAAGAAGAGCGAGAGGAAAUUUCCAAGAAGCUGAGCGAAGCUUCCAACUGGAUGGAAGAGGAAGGCUAUACAGCCACAACUAAGGAGCUGAAAGAGAGGCUCUCUGAACUGAAGAAGCUGUGCCGGAGCAUUUUCUUCCGUGUGGAGGAGAGAAGGAAGUGGCCAGACCGUCUAGCUACCCUGGAAAGCUUGCUCAAUCACUCCAAUAUUUUCCUCAAGGGAGCUCGCAUGAUCCCAGAGGCUGAUCAGUUAUUCACAGAGGUGGAGCUAAGCACCUUGGAAAAAGUUAUAAACGAGACAACGUUGUGGAAGAAUGAGACCCUGGCAGAACAGACCAAGCUGUCACCCACCGAGAAGCCUACUCUGCUUUCCAAAGACAUUGAGCUGAAGAUUGCAGCUCUGGACAGGGAAGUGCAAUACCUCCUCAACAAAGCCAAGUUUUCAAAGAUCAGGCCCCCCAAGAAGAACACUACAAAAACAGAAGCGGGCAAGAACACCACUGUGCCUCCUGAGGGUGAAAAGGUCAUUCCUCCCAAGGAUGAGAAUCAAAAAGAUACACCAGAAGAUGCUAGCCCAGUCAAAGAACCACCCAUAGAAGAAAAAGCACCACUGGAAAAUGAAUUGGGACCAGACUCUGGGCCACAAACUGACAAGAGGUCGGAAACAAAGGAAGACACCAGAACGAAUGAUGAAUUAUAACAGUUCCUUAAACCCCUUCUUGCACCAACACCUAUUUAUUUACAGUUAACACCAUUGUUUUUAUGAUGGACCUGGUUAGUGGAACAUGGCACAGACUGACAACAAAAUACAAUAGAGCUGUACAUUUUUUUCCUUUCU